AUUGGUGGAAUGGCUUUGUGCACGGGUAUGCUUUCAGCUUCGGGUUACACAUUCUACUAAAUGCAACUGGGUUACUCUUUCAUUUUCGGUGCCUAGGAAAUAGAGUACUUAAAAAGUUGUUUGACCAGUGGUUUCUACAUUUCCUCGAAUUCAAUCAGUUAUUCUGUUGAUAUCGCAGCUAUCACUUGGUGGUUUUCAGUUUGGAUGAUAUUGGUUGUCUAAGCAUGCUUUUUAUGGUAUAUGUAAUUUGCAGUUGAAGAAGCCUUCCCAUCCCUGUCGUGGUAUCCCAACUGCCAUCAAUUGCCUUGCAGCCUUACUAAAGGAACCUUAAAUUUUCCUUUGUUCAGUUAGAUGGGUGAGGUUGCUUGUUCCCUUAAUUUCUCCGGCUUCCACCCAACAAUCUAUUUAGGUGACUCUUAGUUUCUUGACUUUGUGAAAUUUUUAUUGACAAUAUAUUUUGUCUCAAACAGCUUUUUUAUGAAACAUGUUUAUGCAUCUAGCUACUUCUAGAACUCUUCCAAGAAUCAUAGAAGUUGUCAAGAAUUCCACAAAGGAGAAGGUUGUCAGAGUUGUUGUUUUGACCCUGAGGAACUUGCUCUCAAAAGGGACAUUUGGCGCUCAAAUGGUGGACCUUGGACUGCCACAAAUCAUUCAGAAUUUGAAAGCACAAGCAUGGAGUGAGGAGAUUCUAAGAGUCCUGAUUACUAUCUUGGAUACAUCCAGUGAUCCUAGGGCAUUGGCCGUAGCCUGCUUUGAUAUCUCAGUGUUUGUCCAGCAGCGUCCGGCUGGAAGUAGCAUAGGGACGGACCUCAAGGCCAAGGAACGUGUGAUAAAACUGAUGAAUCAUGAGAGUGCCGAGGUCACCAAAAAUGCACUGCUAUGUAUCCAAAGGCUUUUCCUAGGUGCCAGGUAUGCUAGCGUUUUGCAGGCUUAUAGAUGCAUUCCUUUGAAUGGCGGAGCGGAGCAAUGGGGCAGCGUUUUUUAGUCUAAAUGUUAUUGUCCAAAAGAGAUGUUUAUGAAGGAAGGGCAGGGGUGCUGCUGUCAUAGUAGUAGUGGUAUACAUAUUUAUGUGUUUGAGUAAUGCAUUUCGUAGGGCUGUUUGGUUAUUAGAAAAGCCACUUGUUGCUGUGUUUUUUAUGCUUUCUUGGUUGGUGUAGGUACUGAGCUAGAGUAAAAAAAAAAUUUAUCUGUAAUUCUGUUAGGAUGAUAAAAUAAAUUAUGUGUAUUCAGUGCGAUCCAUAUUUGUUGUCAAGAUUUUACAUUUAUCGUAAUGCGUACACUCACUGGACUAUGUCUUGUAUUGUAUAGUACAUAGUAGCUUAAUUUUGCGUAAUUGUAAUGGGAUUUCUUUUUAAUGAAAAUAUUAAAACGAUGGCUGGGACGCUUGGCCAAGUGGCCGGCUAUGCGUUCUUCCUUGGUUGGAUGGAAGACUUGGAUUUUGUCAUGAGUGCAUUUUUGCCCUACCACUAUAAAGUGGUGGUGAUAUCAACCCUUAGAUUUAUUUUAAAUU